AAGGGGAAGAGAGCAGAGUCAACCAGAGAGAACCAGAGUGUGGAUUGCGGUGUGGGUUAAGCGAAAUCAGAAGCCCCGGGGAAAUCUUGAAACAGGGACAUCUCCCUUUUUCAAUUGAGGCCACCUGAACCUCCACCCCCCCCCCCCCUCCAUUUAGCUUUCACCCAACUCAUUCUCUGUGAUUGUGUGCGAGCCGAUAUGGAGUUGUUCUACUUUCUUCUGUUUGGUGCUCUCUCGGCGGUGGUGGCAGCUCUGGAGCUCAGCAAGCGCAACAAGGAUCGCAUUAGCACCUCCUCUACUUUCGCCACCUUCAAGAACAAUUAUCUCCUCAUUUACUCUCUCAUGAUGGCCGGGGAUUGGUUGCAGGGUCCAUAUGUCUACUACCUGUACAGCACUUAUGGGUUUACAAAGGGGGAUAUUGGCCAACUCUUUAUUGCUGGGUUUGGGUCGUCUAUGUUGUUCGGGACAAUUGUAGGGUCUCUAGCUGACAAACAGGGUCGGAAGAGGGCAUGUGUUACAUACUGCAUAACUUACAUCCUAAGUUGCUUCACCAAGCAUUUUCCUGACUACAAAGUUUUGAUGUUGGGACGCGUACUGGGAGGCAUUGCCACUUCUCUACUUUUUUCAGCUUUCGAGUCUUGGCUCGUUGCAGAACACAAUAAGAGGGGCUUCGAGCAACAAUGGCUUUCACUCACAUUCUCCAAGGCUAUUUUUCUUGGUAACGGUUUAAUUGCCAUUGUAUCCGGGUUGUUGGGGAAUCUUUUGGUAGAUACAAUGGCAUUAGGUCCGGUUGCCCCAUUUGAUGCUGCCGCCUGCAUUUUGGCAAUUGGCAUGGCGAUCAUAUUGGCAACAUGGGGUGAAAACUAUGGAGACUCAUCAGAGAACAAGAACUUGAUGACCCAGUUCAGGGGCGCUGCUAUAGCCAUUGCUUCUGAUGAGAAAAUUGCUUUGCUGGGUGCCAUACAGUCCUUAUUUGAAGGCUCAAUGUAUACCUUUGUGUUUCUUUGGACUCCUGCUUUGAGCCCAAAUGAUGAGGAGAUUCCACAUGGUUUCAUCUUCGCAACAUUCAUGCUAGCGUCAAUGUUGGGGAGCUCUAUUGCAUCUAGAUUGAUGGCCAGCUCAACCCCCAGAGUCGAGAGCUACAUGCAGAUUGUAUUUGGAGUUUCUGCAGCAUCCCUUCUGUGUCCCAUUGUGACAAGUUUCUUGAUUGCACCUUCCAAUGUGAGUGGUGGGGGCAUCUCGUUUGCUGGGUAUUUUCAGAUUUUCGGCUUCUGCACAUUUGAGGCCUGUGUGGGGAUAUUCUGGCCAUCUAUCAUGAAAAUGAGAUCACAAUACAUCCCAGAGGAGGCACGAAGCACCAUCAUGAACUUCUUUCGUAUUCCUCUCAACAUCUUUGUGUGUGUAGUGCUGUACAAUGUAAAUGCAUUUCCCAUUACUAUCAUGUUUGGUAUGUGCUCGAUUUUCCUUGGUACAGCUGCUGUGUUGCAGAGGCGGCUCUUUGUGAUAACUGAUGGCCAUAAGUCAAAAUCACAAGAAUGGAUACCAAUGGAGAGGGACACAGAAGCGGAGCCCUUAGAUGACUAAUUGAUGAUAGUUGCGUACAAAAAAGGGAAAAAAGAACAAUAAAAAACUUUGGUAUUUUUUGAUGCUUGAAACAAGCCGACUUAUUCUAAGUUGAAUUUGGGAGCUGCAUCAUGAUUUUCUCCUUGCUGUUGGAUUGAUGAGGAAGAUACGGUUUGGUGCCGCUACUUCAAAACCGAGUAUAGAGGAUAUUCAGGGGGCAAUCAGCUGGUUGCUAUAACACAGAAUUGAUUAACUAAAGAGUGUAGUUGCUGUGUAGUAUAUAGUUCAUGUACUUCCCCAAUCACUUUUGGACUGGUGUCUGGCAUCAGCAUAGAGUUGUUGUGUGUUAAAAUCUCAUGUCAACAGUGUAAGGAUGCAGCGUCUAAUUCGUUAUUCUGCCCAUAUAAAUCUCUACCUUUUAAGCAAACUUCACCAAAUGUAAUUCGUUAAUUAAAGUUC